UUUUUGAAAGAAUUAACAUAAUAAACAUGGGUUGCUGACUUGACACUGAAGAUGACAAGAUUACAGACAGGCCUUACUACUCAUUAGAUAUCAGCAUUCGUUGAUGGGCAAGGGAAACUCAUGGUCUUUAUGACUAUGACAAUAAUAGCCUGGAAGAGCAGUUCCUCAGGAUCAACAAUACCUGUUCUAUUGUUAAUGAUUAUGAUACCAGAGUUGACGGAGUGGCCCCUCGAGACGCUAUUGUUGAGAAGAUAAAAACCCUUUUUAUCGCUACCUUCAAGAAUGGAAAAUAUUGGGUGUACCACUCUCAGGAUUUCACUGAAGAAGAAAAAUUAAAGAACCCUGUUGAUCAAGUCUGGAUCUCCCUUCGAAAUGCUGUUCCAGCCGUUUUCCCAGGAAGGUACAAUAAAUACCUUGGUUAUAGACUUGCUGAAGGCGAUAUUGUCAAGUUUGGCAGAGUGCGGUUCAAAAUUAAAUAAGUUAGGGAAUUGCAAGCUUAACAAAAUCGAACAAGAAAGGAUCAUUAAAUAUAACUCUCAAUUCGACGUGAGUAUGAAUGAGAGAUUGCUAAAUAGGUUAACUAAUAGAGUCAGCCGUAGAACAGAACAGCUCUCUAGGUCAAAAAGUAUCGAUUCUAACAUCUCUCCCUAUAAUUCUAUUGAUGGAGAGAGCAUUCAGGAAAAUAUUCAUGAGAAAAUUGCCAAAAUAAGAGACACAGAAGGGGAUAAAGAUUUUAACAAAAUUCGGAAAGAGGCUCAGUGAAGAAUUUGACUUGGCGAGGAAGAGGAUGAAGAGAUUGAAGAAAAUCCUCUUAUCUCUCCUUGAAAAUGUACCGGAACUCUGCAAUACAUACAUCUCGAUUGUUUAAAAUAAAUGGCUAGAUAGUAAAAUACAUACAAAGCUCACUGAAUUCACUUUUUCAUAUAACUGGAAAAACCUUGUUUGAGAAUUAUGAGGAAUGCGCUUAAAGGAUAAUUAUAUAAUCAAUGGUAAGGAAACCUAUGUCUUGGAUUAUCUCAGACCAGACAGUGGAUGCUAUAUGAUUCUUGAAUCAUACACCAACACUCCACACAAAACAAUUCAUGUUCUUGUGAGUAAUAAAAGAAAUAAUCCUUACAAUGCUGACAUUGAGUAUUGUGUGGGAAGAUCUAAUGAAGCAGCUGUCAGAAUCACUGACAUCAGUGUUUCUCGAAUCCAUUCCUCUAUUACGUAUUCCGAAGGAGAUUAUUACGUCAGAGAUGAGGCAGCUAAAUUUGGAACUCUUAUCUACCUUAGAGAUCCUGUGGCUGUCCCUAAGCGAAGGUCUUUUGAACUUAACCUCCAGCUAGGGAGAUUUGCAGCAAAAAUAAAACCUUAUAGAGAUGAAAGAGUAUCUGACAACGAAAGUGAGAUAGGCCUAGAACCAACUUAUGAAGAAGACUGUCCCUAUUUACCCAAAGGUUUACUUGAUUUUCUAGAAAAUCAAUCUGUGAAACUAGGUCUUCAAAACUUCCCAACAAGGUUUGACGAUCUUCAGAAGAUCAGAGAGGAUGAGAUUAAGAACUAUGAAAAAGAUAGUGAAGAUACUUCAUCUGUUGAGAAUAAUCAACGUGAAACUGCAAUGAUGUUUAAUACCGUAAGAGAUACAAACAUAGAAACUAGUCAACCUCUUGGUCCGAAUCAAACCAAUACUCAAGCUCAAAGGAGAAACUCAGAUCUUGAAGUUACUUUGGACCAAGCAAGCCAGAAUAUUCAAGAAAUGAACUUGGAAGGUAUAGAUAGAAGAAUUCUAGCGCCAAGAAGAAUGAACACUUCUGAAAAUAAUUCUGAGAGAGGAGAUGAGGAUAGAGGAACUUCUGCUAGGUUAAAUUUACAGACUGAGCUUGGUAUUAUUGCUAAUAACCAAACCACGAAUCCUUCUCCUAUGAUAAGCAACCCUGGAAUUCAUGAUUCUAUAACUAACUCUUUACGAGACCGCUCUAUUCAAGGAACAGGACACUCUAUUGAUACUAGUUUGAAUAAUAAGAAAGACAAGAAGAAGGAACCUCUUAAGAAAAAGAAAUCUCUACGCCAAACCAGAGCAAGAAUGAUGAAUCUCACCCUCGGUAAUGAGGGAGACGAUUCUGAAGGAUCAAACAGGAUUGAAGAAAGAAAAUCAGAACUUGAUGAAGAAUCUGACCCUCCUGAAGAACAAUGGGCUGUCCCUCCCGAAGAGAAUAACCGAAUACAAGCUUUCGAACCCCUUGAUAGCCCGAAUCGAGGUUCCGAAAAUGCUGAACACUCCACUCCCGAAAGAAAUCGCUCUGAAGCUUAAUAUUUUUAUAAAUUUAAACUAUUUCAACUUGCCAA